AUGUCUUUGCCGGGUAAUGGAAUUUUUGUGGUCCAAGGCGAGAUGGCCAUGCUGGUCACCGCCAUGCGACGGAGUACUCGCUGGGGCUCUCAUUCAUUUCCCAACGAGGAAUAUGAUGUUUUGAUGAGAACCUUUCAAGAUUUGAAGAGUAUAUUAAAUCAAGUGGAUGACUUACGUUUGUUAGAUCCUUCGACUUAUUUAAGUCCUUUCUUAGAAGUUAUUAGAAGUAAGGAGACAACUGGACCUGUGACGAGCCUGGCCCUGUCAGCUAUUCAUAAAUUCCUUUCUUAUGGACUAAUAGACCCGACCCACUCAAGUGUGCCAGCAACAGUUGAAGACAUAGCCGAUGCAGUCACUCAUGCCCGUUUCGUUGGUACCGACCACUCCUCUGAUGGUGUUGUGCUUCUGAAGAUAUUGCAAGUUUUACGAACGCUAAUGCUUAGCCCCGAAGGUGCCAUGUUGACGGAUGAAAGUGUUUGUGAGAUCAUGCUCAGCUGCUUCCGAACUUGUUUUGAAACAAGACUUACCGAAUUGCUUCGUCGAAACGCUGAGCAGUGUCUCCGUGAUAUGACUCAGCUGAUUUUCAUGAGACUGCCCCAGUUCCCUCCGGAGGACAUGGCGGCCAACAUUAGUACCGUUGGCUUAUCAUUACGGAGAAGAGAUAAAACUGCUAAGAAAAAAGUAGCAGCCGCUAACAAUACGAAUUCCCUAGAGAGAAAAUCAUCAAUCACUGAACAGACCGGGACCAACGACAACGAACACGAAUCGGAGACGAGUAAACAUAGCACUCAAACCCAUAAGUAAGUAUAGAUAUAAAUAAAAUGUAUCGAUAACUUAAUGGAAUACGUGUUGCGAUUAUUUUGUAAAACUCCCUAAAUUAAAAAAAGAAUUAAAUAAAACUAAAUAAUAAUAGAAUG